GCUGAGAAAGAACGGCUACGGACACGCGAGAGCGGGACAUAAUAUUCCGGCAAGCUCCGAUGAUCCGCGAAAACGCGCGUGCACCAGUCUGUCCCGCAUUUUCAGCUUAGAAAGUUGUGCGCGGUGGGGCCGAUCUUCCGUUCUCGCGCCUUUAUACCGAGCUCCCCGGGGCUCGACAAAUGAGAAAAAUACGUGGGCAAGGAGAGGUCGAGUGACGCAAUGGGCAAGCUGGGCUUCAACGUGUCGAAGAAGCAGAGACCGAUCGAGGGGAAGGACGCGUCGUAUUGCGAGUGCGGAGGAGACAGCGUGCGGCCGAUCGGCGGGAGCUGCAACGAGGCAGGUGCCGGGGCGCUGGACGAGUACGACGUAGACGAUGCCGACGAUGAGGAGAGUAUGCUGGGUGGGAGCGAGUACUCGAGGCAGCAACAGAUACAGCAGCACUCGGAGCCGAGCAAGAAGAUAUUUUUGAUGUGCCUUAUUGCAACGACGGUGGUGGCUUGUUUUAUUCUUUACGCAGCUAUGCCUCAGUUAGUCGAUUACCUGACUGAGCCCAAUGACACAAAACUAGAAAGCAGUAUAUAUUCGCAUCAAAAAUCAGUAGUGGAGCUUCCCGACAUGGAAAGAUCGCCGAGGAAUCAAGAACGACUUGACAUCAUGCGGAGAUUCAACGCCUUGCAGCAAAAAUAUAAAGAACUACAGAUUCAAUACAAAAAAGCCGAAGAGGCAUACUUAAAAAAACUACAUAAUGCUGCGGCCGAGGAAAAUCUCGGGACGCAAGAUCCAGAAGUAAAAAUAGUUAAUGGUUUCGCAGAACCAGACAAGAUAGAAAUUUACAAGCUUGAAGACAUAAAAAAUGUUCACGAGGAUACAAGUAAAAAGCCUGUGGAGGAGAAAAAAGUAGUCAAUUAGUACAUAAGCCUAAAAUAUGUUUGUCUUUGGUUCGAGUCUAAACCACUUGAAGGAGUAUAUUCUGCUUUAAAAUAUGCUUGCAAUGUUUUUUUUGUAGAAAAAAGAAAAAAGUUACUUCGUAAACGGCAUUGCAUUUUAAUUUAUUUUCCUGUUAGUUUUUUAUUUUUCUCGUUUAAUAUUCCUAUACGGUGUACUAAACUUUUACGAUCAAUAAAAAAAAAUCUUGGAAUA